AUGGCAAAACCAGAGACAGGAACUGUGUCACCCACGUUCGGGCAGGCUGCCGAAGGUGCCAGUCACCACAUCUCUGGUAGAUGUUGUAACGUAAAGCAGGAGAAGAUCACGUUUGGCGGGAUGGGAAAAGAACCUGGAAAAUUCUUCGGGAACGUCGGAGUUGCCGUAUCUGCUGACAAUGAAAUAUUUGUGACUGAUUUCGAUUGGAAAGACCAACGAGUCCAGGUCUUCAGCAUAAAUGGGACCUAUCUCCGCCUCCUUUCUACAGUCGUGCCGGGUGAAAGUAAGACAAUGCGCCCUUAUGGUCUAGCUAGCGACGCGGAGUCUGGCUACCUGUGGGUACUGGGGAGAAGGCAUGUCGUACAGUACAGUAAGAACGGACAGCCUAUCAAAAAAUUUGACGUGAGCCUCAAGGGCGUCUUUCCCGUCAUCGCGAUGGACGUGCGCAACAAUAAAGUUAUUGUGGGGGACUUGAAUACAAUUAUGGUGUUUGAUCCAAACGGCUCUCGCAUUUGGAGUUCAAAAUUGCCUACGGAAGAGGCGAUCAUGGGCGUCACAUCGGACAAGGAGGGAAAUGUCCUGCUGACGGAUUGGAAUAAAGGCGUCUACAAGUACAAUACCUACGGAGUAAAGAUAUUUGAAUUCGGCACCUGUGGAAAGGGGCAAUCGAUCUCUCCCAGAGGUAUUUGUCUGGACACCUCUGGUCGCAUCAUUGUGGCGAACGAAUACAACGACCGAGUAGACAUUUUCACAAGUCAGGGCGAAUUUGUCCGCUCCAUCGCAGGCAUUAAAUUCCCGCAGGCUGUCGCUAUGGGACCAUGUGGAGAGUUGGUGGUGACUAGCCGAUAUAACGUUAUUAUCUUCCCACGACACAUGGUGCUUCCUUGAAGCCCUACAUUGUGUUCCCUUUAUGGUUGAUUUUGUUAUCUCUGCACGACUGAUUCUCUUUUGUUUAUGUACCAUACAUAUUGUAUUAUCAAAUGAAGUCGUAUAAGCCCACACGAGCUGGGCGCGGGAAGCCUCAUUCAUUCAUUCAUUGUAACGCGUAGAUUGUCAAAAUUGUUGUCUUUGAGAGGAAAUUUGCCAGUCAGUUACACGUCUCAUUACAAAAGUCUUCAUCACAAGUCUAUUGUCAAGUGAUUUUUAGAGGAUCUCAUUACACAAGUC